AUGAGUACUGCCAUAAGUAAAGACAUAUUACCGAGCUUCGCUGUACCCACCUUACACCUCCUCCAUCCACGUCCAACGGUUUUCAAGUUCUUCAUGGUCCAAGUCUUCCUGCUGAAAUAUCUCUUGCAUAUGCGUCCGUGGAAUUCGGGCAUGAAAUUUAAACCCAGUCUCGUGCUUGCAACCCAGCUGAAUACUCUCGUACAUGGGAGGGGGAGAGCCGGGAAAGUCUCUGCCAUACGUAGGACGGGUGCGCUCCCGAUGAACAAGAAUAUGGCCGAACCUGAGGCUUUAAAUUUACCAAUAGCAAUCGGGAUAAGGGGUUCAUUGAGCCCUGGGGACUUCUCAAGCUCUGUAGUAUUUGAAAUGUGUAAUGGAUAUGAUUUGGGAAGGGUGAGCUCGUAUUCGGGGAGGGACAUCAAGGGUUCCAAGACAGAACCUGAAUCCAAGAUAUCGACCAUUAUCUUGGGGGCUUAUCUUAACGUUGCCGAUAGCUUGGCCAACCACAAGUCACUGAGAGAGAUCCUUCAUGAGGCCACUUUUUUAUUUAACCCAACCAUUUACGGAAAUCUUAAUAUUGCAGUGCAAUACGAAGCAUUGAGAAAGAGGAACGGCGGGGACCGUUUUGGCCAUCUUCCCCAACCUCUCCCGCGCACGAAUAUUAAAGCGGGUUCUCAUGAAGACCAAGGCGCGGAUAAAUCGAAGGUUCACCAAAUAAAGCUACCAGCAUCGAGACCCAUUCGCGAAGACUCCAAAAGCCACCCAAAUUUUCACUAG